AUGGAUAAAAAUGAAGUAACAUCAUCAGCAGUUGCUGAAUCUCCUUCAAGUAAUGUUGAAAGUAAUCAACAACGAUAUGAUUCAAUGGGUGACGAUGGAUCACUUUUUGUUGGCAGUCUACCAGCUGAAGUAGUACGUCGUGUUAAUGCACUUCGAAAUCUUCAAGUUGAACAUCAUAAAAUUGAAGCCAAUUUUUUUGAAGAAGUUCAUGCACUUGAAUGUCGUUAUUUAAACAAAUAUCAACAACUCUAUGGAAAACGUUUAAAUAUUGUUAAAGGUACUUAUGAACCAACAGAAGCUGAAAUUAAAUGUGCAUUUGAUGAAGAUGAAAAUAAUGAACAAACAACAAAACCAUCUCAAGAAGAGAAAAAAGAUGAAGAAAAAGUAGUUGGUAUUCCAGAAUUCUGGUUUCAUGUAUUAAAAAAUUCUGAUGUUAUUUCAGAAUUAAUUAGAGAACAUGAUGAAGAAAUUCUUAAACAUCUUCUUGAUAUUCGUAUAACAAUGCAAAAUGAAAAUGAACAUAAAAGUUUUACUAUUGAAUUUGAAUUUACACCAAAUGAAUAUUUUACUAAUACAAUAUUAACAAAAACUUAUGAACUUCGUACAGGACUUGAUGAACAAGAUCCAUUAUCAUAUGAAGGACCAGAAAUAAUUAAAUCAAAAGGUUGUGAAAUUCAUUGGAAUAAAGGAAAAAAUGUUACAAUUAAAACAAUUAAAAAAAGACAAAAACAUAAAAAUCGUGGAACUAUACGUGUUGUUACAAAAGAAGUAUCAACAGAUUCAUUUUUUAAUUUUUUUUCACCACCUAAUGUAUCAGAAGAACCUGAUGCUGAAUUAGAAGAUAGUGAUGAAAUGAGAAUAUUAGCAGCAGAUUUUGAAAUAGGUCAUCUACUUAGAGAUUCAAUUGUACCAAAAGCUGUACUUUAUUAUACUGGUGAAGUGGGUGAUGAUGAUGAUGAUAAUUAUGAUGAAGAAGAAGAAGAUGAUGAUGAAGACGAUGAUGAUGACGAUGAUGAUGAUGAUGAUGAUAAUGAACAUCAACAAGAUACUCAUGGUAGUCAUCAUCAUGGUAGUGGUGGUAAACAUGGUUCUGGUGGUAAAACUCGAGGAAAAAAAUCAACUGAUACCGGAAAUAGUGGUCAACAACCCGAAUGCAAACAACAGUAG